GGUGAAUUUAUCAGACUCGUUCUAACCGAUAUCAAAUAUGGAUUGUAACCAUUCAAACGGUGCCGAAAGAUCAGGAAUGCAUAAAGAAAAGCAAGGAAAUACUAAGAAAGAAGAAUGGGGCCGGAAGUUGGACUAUAUCUUAACAAUUCUCGGUUUUCUCGUAGGAUUUGGUAACAUCUGGAGGUUUCCGUAUGUCUGUAUGAAAAAUGGCGGAGGAGCUUUCCUGAUACCGUAUGUCCUGACGCUAUUCUUCAUGGUUGCUCCGUUAUAUUUCUUGGAAGUUUCUCUAGGACAGUUUUCCGGGAAGUCUUACCGAGAUGUUUGGAGUUAUUGUCCACUAAUCAAAGGAAUGGGUUUAGGUAUACAAAUCAUGGUUCUGCCCGGAUUGUGCUACUACAUCAUGCUGCUGGCUUGGGUAUUUAAUUACAUGUACUACUCUUUCCAAUCCCCGCUACCCUGGAGUACGUGUGGAAACGAAUGGAACACGCCUUACUGCUUCAGUUUUGCGGACAACAAACAACAGCAACUGAUGACAAACCUUUCUACCACGUAUAGUCCAAACUCUACAGGUCAAGGCCUGGAUAACUAUACAAUGCAAUACAACAUCAGUAAUAUUAACGACCAGUUCAUGUCAAAGGUCAACUCGAGUCUGACGAAUGAGACAUUAGGGGCGAUGAAAGGUCACAGUGCGGAGGAGGAAUUCUGGCAGUGAGUGUUAUCAGGACAUUUUCGUAAUGUCGUAUUUGUCCAUAUUUUUUAUAAGAUAACAAAUGCAGCAUAUGAAAUGACCAUAAUUGACAAAUAGGAUAGAUAAAUGAAACAGAAGUUUAAUUUGUCGAAAAUGUAUUCUUUUUUGGCUCCAAAAUCGCAGAGAAUUGCCUUUGAUUGCAUCUGUCAAAAACAAUAAGUCAGCACCCAUGCUGUUUAGCCUUUGUGGCGUUCUAACGUCACACUCUAUGUCUUACAUACGUAAGCAUAUGGCGUCAUUUUAGAUUUAUUUCAAUAUACCAGAUUUUGAUUUUUUGUUUAUUUAUGGAGGAACAUGUUAUGUCAUAUGUCAUAUACAUUUGUAUAAGACAAAGCAGCUAAUCUUUACAUUUAAAUGUGUUAUUCGUCCGUUUAUGUUGAUGUGAUUUCUGCUCUUUUAAGUUAUCAUAUCGUCUUUGUACUUUAAAAGUGAAUGUUUGGUUUAAAUGACGUUCACGGAUUACAGGUACGCUGCGUUUACGUGCCAGCACAAAAAUUAAUCAUAAUGUAAAAUUAUUUUGAACUGCUUUUCUCGGCAGGUUGCCGUUUGUGAUACAUUUCAACGAGAUUUAUGAUUAAAAUCAAGAAAUAAAUGUAGCCCCAAUCGCAAGAAAAUGUGCGUGAAUAUAUUCAUUUGAUAAUUUUAAGAAUCGAGUAAAGACAUUGAGUGUGAGUCCUUUUUAAAUUGUAUAUAUAUAUAUAUAUAUUGUAGAUACAAGGUGCUAGACAUAUCCGCUGGACUGGAACACAUCGGUUCGCUCAAUGGAAAUUUAGUAUUAUGUGUAGCCAUGGCAUGGGUUGUAAUAUACUUGUGUGUUAUUAAGGGCAUCAAGUCGACAGGAAAGGUAGAGCAACAUAGCCACUUUACAGGGACGUGUCUGUAAUUUACGACGGACGACCAAUUUUCUUGGUCCUCUCAUCGUCUAAGCUUCUUUCGUGUCUUUUUACUUCUGACUUUGUUCCUGAUAAUUCAAUUUGCUUCACAAUUUCUCUUUGAUAAAUACAUCUUUGAGCUCAAUGAUAUCUGGGAUCCUUAUCCUAUCCCAUUUUCCC